AUGAAGCUCACGUCGACGCACGUUGACUACUCUGAUAUCCAUUUGGUUGUUGGAGGGAGGCCAUACGACCAUCGGGGGUUAAUGGAAGCGGACUCAGCUGGAUACGAAACCAGUGACUCGGCUUUGGAAGGGCAUGAGUACGGAUGGUAUGCAAGUGCGACGACGUUUUCGGGUAACACUAGCAUGUCUAUUCUAUAA